AUGUCCACCGACCCGUGCUUUGGAAGAUUCUCCGAGUGGAAGGAUGAUCUCAUCCUUCCCUGCCCAGAGGCGCAUGCGUAUGGACUCUGUGCGAAUUUCGGAGCGGCUUAUAUUGGCGUUGUAGCGGCUGGUGUGCUCUACGGAGUCUCUUUCGUGCAAGCGACGUACUAUUUCAUCAAGUAUCGUCAAGAUGUCUGGUACAUCAAAACACUCGUUGGGGCCGUAUGGUUCUUUGAAACGGUUCACCAAGUGCUCAUCUCUCAUACUGUAUAUUAUUACGUUAUCACCAACUACAACAAUCCAAAUACCCUUGGGGAUAUAGUGUGGAGUGUCCUGCUUGAAGUACUGUUCAAUGGACUCAUUGGGUUGUUGGUUCAAGGCUUCCUCACGCUGCGUGUAUGGAAACGUUGGUGUCUGUCUGCGAUGCGAGUCAUGCAUGUUAUUGAAGAGUUUUACAGUCAGCGAUCACAACGUUCCACUGACGCUAGCUGUGCUUUCACUGUGCAAUCCAUGAAGUUGCACACAUGGGUUGAGCUGGGCGAAUUGAAGGGACUUUCUAUGGCAGUUAAUUUGCUAGGGGCAGUCGCCGAUGUGGUCAUCGCCGCGGCUCUGUUCUUCUUCUUGCAUAGUUCACGAACUGGCUUCAAGAACAACUCUGUGCUGGCUACACUGAACGCGCGCGAAAGCAUCAGAAAGCUCGGCGAAGAUAGCGACGAACUAUCGUUUUCCCUGCAGAGUCUUGCAAAGAGUGGGCAGCGUAACCCCAACUCAGCGAGGUCGACAAAUAUAUCGAUCAAGAUCGAUACGAUGCACGAUUACAACCGUGAACACGGCAUGGAUAUGGCAGAGCCUGGGCGGAUGGAAUAUUAG